AUGAAUCUGUUUUAUUAUAGUGUUCUGUUAACACUCAUCCUUAAGCUGUGUACAAGUUUCCUGAAUUUUCCGAGCGAUAAUAUCCGUAGGUUACGAAUAUUGGAUGUUAUCGGUGGUUAUCCAAGUUUUUUUGGUGCAAUUUACGUUCAUAAUGAUCCUAGCUAUGACGUUCUGAGUCGUACUGAGAUAAAAUCAAGUCGAUUUAUGCCACUUUCAACAGUUUUACAUUUUACUAUUAAAAAUGUUGGCUGUUUGAAUUCAGCUUCUGUGAGUUCGGGAUGUGAAGUGAUAUGCUCAAAGAACGAUCCAAACUGUACGAUAGAGCAAACUGCAACGUUCGAGAAAGAAACUAUCGGUAGUUAUGUUUUCGGCGAUGAAGUACGUAUCAGUGGCCAACUAUCACUCUUAAGGCCAGAUACCAAUGGGCUUUGCACGCACAUAUAUGAACAACCAAUGAAGUAUAAAGUAAAUUAUACAGCUAGUUGCCGAUGGCAUUUCCAUACAGAAAAGGGUUGUGAUGUCAAUAAUCUCGUAGAAUUUCUUUCGAAUCAAAUGAAUGGUACCGAAGUAUGUGAUCAAACCGGUGAUCAGUGCGUCGUGCCAAUCUUAAUAGAUAUGGUUACUGCAUCAAGUGAUCAAAAAUGUGAUAAUUACUCUCUAAUGAGUGUUCGUUUAGCUACUCAGAAAGGAUCGAUUCUGGGAGCACUAGUCGAAUUCCUACCAUCUUCGAACAAGUGUCGUGAGAACUACUGCAUUCUGACAACAAAAAUAUCAUUCGAAGAGGUUACGCAACGAUUCUUGGACAAAAUGAAAAUGUCGAGAUAUGAGAAUAGUGAAGGUCGUUUCCGAUGUCCAUCCGAAAUAACAUGCCCAGCUGAAUUAUUUUAUUUCUUGAAUACUUUUGAUGUUGGAGAAUUUUCAACACAAUUUUUCGUACUAAUACCGCUCUUUAUGCUACUUUUAUUCCAUAUGUCAUAG